AUGAUGACCGUCGAAGCGAAACAGCGCGAGGGUGACACCGUAUGGUCGUCAUUAACAACGGAAGAAGUUAAAGCAAAGGUUCUCAGUGAGUCCGAAGAAAGAAAGAAACUAAAAGAGGUGCAAAAGCACCAUGUCAAAGAUCUUCUGAAAAAGCCAAAUGUUACCUCCGUCGAUAUAGAUUAUAAGAGGAUUAACGGCAAAGAGGUAGAUCAACUUGCUAUUGUGAUUGGGGUCAGAAAGAAGAAACCUGAAAGUCAAUUAAAUAAAGAUGAAAUUCUUCCCAAAAAACUGGAUGAUUGCGUUGUAGAUGUUAUCGAACAGGUAGCCACUUACGCGAAAAAGCCAAGCAAAUUAGGCCGUACAUAA